CCGGUACCUCCAUGUCUUUGUCACCACCGGACACUAUCUACACCAGGACAGAGGGUGACACGUUACCGGACAUCACCUGUACAGCGGACUGUAGACCUGGCUGUACCUUUGUCUGGACACGACCGGACAACACCAACUUUACUGUCUCACCUGUGUUGUCACUGGGACAACUGGACAGAUCAGAGCACGGGACUUACAGGUGUACUGCUAGGAAUGUUGGCGGGGAGUCCAUUUCAACAAUUAUUGUUACAUUACAGUAUGGUCCUGGUUCUUCGCUAAUUUUAUCACCACAGGAGACCAAAUAUACCAGGAUAAAGGGUGACACGUUACCGGACAUCACCUGCACAGCGGACUGUAGACCUGGCUGUACCUUUGUCUGGACACGACCGGACAACACCAACUUUACUGUCUCACCUGUGUUGUCACUGGGACAACUGGACAUAUCAGAACACGGGACGUACAGGUGUACUGCUAGCAAUGCUGCCGGGGAGUCGACUAAAGUGAUCAGUGUUAUUGUGAAAUAUGAACCACAUCCGUAUCAAAUGCUCGACCAAAACCAGACGUUUUAUAUAUCCCAGUCAGACACCAUUAUUUUGUCUUCUACAUUCAUCUCCAACCCGGCGCCAUCUUUCAUCUGGACCUUCCAACCCUACAAAUCUUUUGAUGCAACUGAUCUUAGAAACGGAACGGAUGGCGUUAUUAUACAAAAUACGUUUGAGGGGAGGAAUUUAACUGCUAUUUCAGUUUUGACUCGGACCAGUAUACAAGAGAGCUGGUUUGGAUUAUAUAACGUCACAGCAACAAACAACCAAGGCAGUGCCAUGCUUAGCUUCACAGUUCGUGAAAAACUGAACCCAGGAAUCCCAAACAGUCUGUUAAUUGGCUGUACUAAGGCCAGUUCUGCUGAGGUAUCGUGGAGCGACGGAGGCGACUCUCAGUAUUACCAUGUUAUUUUCAGCACAGAUAGGUUUCUUCUCUCACAAGAGGUUUAUCCAGUGUCGAUUACAAAACACACAGACGGAAGUGACGUGUAUAGUCAAAAUAUAGACAAUCUGGAUGGAGGCCAUGUUUAUUUCUUUAAGGUUGUAGCGUACAAUAAGUACGGAAACACAACAUCGGCAGAUGCUGUCGGCUGUACUGUUCAUGAGCCAUGUUCUAGUGGAACUGACAGUAUGUAUGUCACUGGAGUUGUACUGACGGUCACUAGCGUACUCACGCUUUUGUUCACAGUUGGAAUCGAGAUUUAUUUCAGACGAAAUGGAAGACUAUGUCAUAGAACACGUCAGCUUCCAAAACAGAAGGAAUAUCAGGAUGUACAACUUUCAGAUCGAGGAGGCAGAUCCCAAAGCGAAAAUGAAAGGUCUCCAUAUCAAGAACUUGAUACCAAUGAGGUUGCCAAGGCGUCCGUGUAUUCUGAAAUCGGAGGACACCAUAAUGUUAACCCAAUUGUUCCUGACAAUGAAGGAGAUGGUGGAAAGUACAAGUCGUUGGAGGGACGUUCGAAUCCAAACGUUUACGAAGAACUUAAUACUACAACGUCUGGUAACAGAGGGACAUAUAUCAAUACUACCAUCGCGUGUAGAAAUUAGUGUUUAUACAACAUCAUGGAACUCAAUGAGGCGAUGUUUUAUCAAGGUCUGCUUGGAGACAGGAUAUCAAGGGAGACAUUGUCCAGUUGUUAUAUUUGUGAAAUGAAACCUUGACUGUUUUACUUUCAUUGUCGUUUUCAAAUGCAUAAACACAUACCUAGCAUCAAUCCAUAUAUAGAGUAAAUAUAUAAAUCACCAAUCAGUAUCAUAAACGUGACACGAGAUACCCUGUCAAGUUCUCCUCGCACAGUAAAAUGUUAACAUAUAACUUAUUAACUAAAUUGAUUAUAAAUUCAUCGUUUAUCUCUCUUAACGAUUAAAGCACCAUCGGUGUAUGAUCGAUUUUGUAAAUAUAUUCGGUAAUUUCCCUUAUAAAAAGCUAGCCAGUUAACCGCUGUCAUCUCUAUUUUAGCCUGUUUUUUUAAUAUCUAGUUGAUUUAGAAUGUGUUUUUCUGCAUAGUAGAAAUUCGGCUAAAGUGUUUUGAGCCGAUCUGAAAGCAUAAUAAUGCCAUUGCUGUUUCGAACAUUUGUGUGCAAGUGAUUUGAUAUUUCCUUAUAGCAUUCUUGACAUACGUAUUGGCCGCCUUAAUUGUUUUGUGUGAUACAAAAUACAAUUAGUUAGCGAUGCCUGAGUGAUGUAUCUCGGGUAAGAAAUACAACCUACGCAGUAUUCAUUUAACUACAUGGACAUAUUUUAAACCAGUAAUUUUUCCUACGUAUCUCAUUUUUUAAGCACAACACUACAUUUAUUCCUAUAAUAUAACAUUAUUUGAAUUUUGUAAAUGCAAAAUCUUAUAUUUCUAAAUUCAUUGUUUUUCUGUUUUGUUUUAUUUGUUUUUAAUGAGAUUUUAUUAAACUAAUUCCGAACAAGGUAAUAUAACUUAAAAUGCAUAUCACCAUAUCCGACCACUGGGAUGAAAAUGCAUAUCACCAUAUCCGACCGAUGGGAUUAAAAUGCAUAUCACCAUAUCCGACCACUGGAAUGAAAAUGCAUAUCACCAUAUCCGACCGGUGGAAUGAAAAUGCAGUCAUAGAGAUUA